AUGUCUGGAGAAGGGAGCUACGCCCCCAAAUCACCCGAUCCGUCGUCUUUCUUCUCGCCCCCAGCACCUGCUGGCGCUCACCAGCAACCACCCAAUACUUCCUACCCGCAGCAAUACCCGCAAGCGGUCCAAAUUUCGUAUGAACAGCACCAGCAUCAGCACCAGCAUCAGCAGCACCAACAGCAGCAGCGAUUCUCUCCCAAUCAUCAGAUUCAGGCUCCACAGCAGCCCUACUACCAGCCUCCCCCACAGUACACCCAACAGCCGUAUAUCCAGCCUUCCCAGCAACAGCAGCUCCAACCACCGCUGUCUGCGCAGCCGUAUUACGCUCCUUCGAACCCCUCGCAACAGUCGCUGGCUGCACCACCGCCGCAGGCGUACGGCCUUGUCCAACCGCCGGCAGCGCAUCAGCAGCAGCAGUUCUUCCAAGGCUACAACAACCCACCGUAUCAGCAGUACGGGCCUCCCGUCCAGGGCUACCAGCAGCCAGGAAGCUUCGCGCCGAAUCCGUAUCCGACGUCACAAUCACAGCAAUCACAGCAGCCACAGCAGCCACAGCAGCUGGCAGAGCAGCACGACCAGCCGUUCCGACCGACGUCACCGGUUCCCAAACCAGAAUCCUCCCCGGCGAUGCCACCACGCAAGGCAGCAGCGCUAGCCGGCUCGUCCGCGGCAUCGCUGGCCGACGGCGGCAGCACGGCGGCGCCGUCGCCGGUCAAGACCAAGUUCCCCACCGCACGCAUCAAACGGAUCAUGCAGGCGGACGAGGAGGUCGGCAAGGUGUCGCAGCAGACGCCCAUCGCCGUCGGCAAGGCGCUGGAGAUGUUCAUGGUCGCCCUGGUCACCAAGAGUGCGGACGUGGCACGCGCCAAGAACUCGAAGCGCGUGACCGCCCAGAUGCUUAAGCAGGUGGUCGAGUCGGACGACCAGUGGGACUUUCUCCGGGACAUUGUCAAGAAGAUCGACCCGGAAGAGAAGCACACGCGCGGACCCAGCCGCAACAGCACCAGCGGCGCCGAGGGCAACAGCAUCGGCAGCGCCGCCAAGACGAAGCUGGAGAGCGACAGCGAAGACGAGCAGCCCAAGAAGCGUGGCCGGCCAGGCCGGAAGAAGAAGGUGUAG